UCACGUCCAUUUUGUUUCAUUCAGUUACAUGUUAUUUACAGCUAUGCAGCAUGUGAGCCAAUGAUUCUCGGCGUCAUGGCCUAUGACAGAUUUGUGGCUAUUUGCCAGCCCUUACACUAUCACAGUAAAAUGACCUUGAGGACGGUGACAUAUCUUGUUCUUUUUGUCGUGCUCUAUCCUGCAUUUGCUGUUGGCUUCUGUGUCUAUCUUACUGUACGACUGCCUCUGUGUGGAGAUAAAGUGCACAGGCUUUUCUGCUCCGUGGUUCAGCUCUCCUGUGUGGACACAACUAUGAACCGUGUAGUAGGAUCUGUGUUUACCAUAAUGACCUCUGUCAUCCCCCUGUUCUUUAUCCUGUUCACGUACCUGCGCAUCCUGCUUGUUUGCAGGAGAAGCUCGUCUGAGUUCAGAGGAAAGGCGUUACAAACCUGCCUGCCUCACAUAGUCUCAUUUAUAAACUAUUUUUUCUCUUUAUUCUUUGAGCUUUUCCUGAGUCGUUUUGGGAUUAAUGUGAACCCCGUUGUUGUUGCUGUAUUAUCUAUGGAGCUUGUCAUCAUUCCCCCCAUUAAUGACCCUCUAAUCUACGGCCUGAGUCUGCCUCAGAUCAGAAAUGUGAUUUUCAGAUUUCUUAAGAUACACAAAACGAUUCCUGCUGCAUAA